AUGGAGGAUGCCUCCCCUCAAGAAGCGCGCGUCUUUGACCGGCUGCCCCCAUCUGUAAUUGAGAACAUUCUUUAUGCCGCAGAUGCCAACACAUUUGCUUCACUUGCGCUGCUGAAUCGUCAAUGGAGGCAUAUAUCAGAGUCUCCUGCACUCUACGCCUACCACUUAGCGCAAUGCCCUUCAUUUAUUUGGUCACGCGAGGGUCUUGCCCCGCCAACUGAUGCGGACGGCUUGUCAGAUCUGAAAGGUCAGUUCAUUAAAGAGGCGCGCCGAAAUGCAUUUGAUGUGUUCCUGCGGCCUCGCAAGACCUUGGUGCGUUUGAUAUCGAGUUCUAUGAGCUCCUCCACAGCCUUUCCACAAGGCGAAGUGUUUCGCUUUUCAUUUUCAGCCAAUGGUCAUAUGGUGCUGUGCAUCAGCUCAUCGCGGAUUGUUGUGCUGGAACUGGCUGCAGAUCCAGUGUCUGUCAAGCAUGAGCUGCAGACCCGCCGUCGACCUCUAGGGGCUACUAUCCUAGACGAUGGCUCCCUACUGGCAGUGGUAUCUGAAUCCUACAAGGUUAAUAUAUACAGGCUGUCCGGUGAUGAAGCAAGGCGAAUCCAGACUAUUACUUUGAAUGACGCUCCACGAGACCUCAUAUUCUCACCUACUGGAAGUGUUCUGGCCCUUUCCUUUGAAGAUAACAUUGAGGUCCAUGCAGUUGGAGAAGAAACAUUACCCACUGAACGUCGUGCCGCGCGCUGUCUCCGUGUUGAUGCACUUUCAUUUACUCCAGAUGGUUCGAUGCUGCUUGGAUCUUCCGUAGAUCUCGGGUUAGAUGGAAUAGUAACUAUUACUGCUCCAUUUUAUACCGAGACUGGGACCGAUGCAUCGCCAGAAGAAGUUCAGAUGCGAAUGUGGACAACACAAAUACUAUUUCCCGAGAUGGUCGGCGGUUUUAGUCAUGCCUGCUUAGUCCCAGAGCAUGACGAAGGAGAUGAUAGUUGGAUCCUAGGAUACGACCCUCAACUGGCAGCAUUCAGAGCCCUCCGAGUGAACAAUGUAGACGCCGGUGGUGUCUAUUUUGCUAGUCCUUUUUUGACAGGGGAAUCAAGAGAAAUGAUGCCUGCUAUGCUGCCAGCUGUUGAUGAGGCUGGUCAACUUGCAGCUUUCGGAUUUCAGGACUCUGAAGUUUGGUUGUACGGAAUACCCAGGCAUCUCGAUGUGGUCUCGCCAGAUGCACCUGCUAGCACGGCCCCACAGAACACAACGGUAUUGAGUGGCGUUCAUCAUUACUCAGGCUCUGUACCGCCUCGUGACAAUCUGGCCCAACUGGGUAAAAUAAUUCAACAGCCUAAAAUCCUGGUUCGCGGUCGACGCGUUACUGACAUGCAUGGAAUCACAUCAACUCGCUGGGUACACUCGGCAAAUUCGACGAAGCCACGGCGACGUCUCGUGUCUGUGGCUCCUGGUGGUGUACGUCCACAAAUUUUUGGUGAAGAAGACGUACCUGUGGACGGGGGAAGAAUUCUUCUCCUAGAUUUUGAGAGAUCAGCUACCGAUGGUGGAGAAACCGAACUAGAUAUCGAAGUUGGUGAGACAACGCCAAAACUGCUGCGAGAGCCAGACUCCUCUUUGGACACAGAAGUCGAGCUACAGAGACGACGAACUCGAUUGUUUCGCAAUGAUACAGAUGUCACUGUCACUGGAGUUCGCCGCGGGCUCUCAACUAGAGUUCCCUCAAUUCCAGUUCUUGACCCCCAGCGACGCAAUAGUUUGGCAGUUCCUCUCGCAACAGAAAUGACGACCUCCCGUGGUCCUGUUGAGAUUCCAUAUGAUAAUACACAACCUCGUUCUCAAGAUACACUUCAUCGUGCGGCCACAGCUGCAGCAUCAACCCGAGGGCGAUACGACCCACGAUAUCGCAACUCUCCCAGCCGUCGCCAAGUACCCCAUGAAAGCGACGCAGAUAACUGGGUGCCGCCGCCUCCACCGUACAAACGUGAGCCUGAUGAACCUUUGCCAGAUCAUUUGCAACAAACGCUCUUGCCAAGAGUAUCAAGUCCUGAUACUCCGCCCACAUCGGCUCAACGUUCUUCAACGGCAUUAAAUACUAUCACCAACAACCAUGUUCAACGAGCUGAAACAGCCCGGGUACCACGCUUGAACCAUUCAGACCGUCCUCGGCCCCAGUCAGCGAUUAUCCAACGAUUGGGGACUAUAACUAGUAGUCUACGCGGUGGAAGAGCCCGCAGAGAUUCUUCGGCUGCUGUAGAAGCUAUGGCUCGCGAACAGCCCAGCACGCCGAUACCAGAAGUUCCAGCCCUGCCGCCACUACCAGCCCAUUUAUCUGCUGCUCGCCCGAGCACAGCCAGUCCCCCGGUUGUUCCAAUCACCACAAACCGCCUCCCAUCAUUACAACCGCUUCCAACCUUGGCUGUUCAGCCAGCAGAGCGACAACUUGACUUCUCUGCUCUUUCAUUGGGUGCAACCGUGCUUGGGGAAAACUAUCUCUCCUAUUCUGUAUCAUCUCCAAACCUUCUACAUAUCCCACAACCACAUGGAAAUGCACUAGACCUUUCCGCAGAAGACGAUGAUCAGAUCCCCGAAAGGCGAAGAUCUUUUCGGAGACGAGUCUCAACUGAACCGACAAGCCUACCACCACCAGAGAAUGAGGAGUGGCGCCGGCGCAUUGAGGAUUGGAACGAACAUACUAUUCGAGAACGAAGCCGAAAACGAAGAAAUAAGUGCAUGGUCAUGUAG